CAGACAGACGGGCGACUGUAGGAGGGGUUGGGGUGUGUGUGACCGGGGAGGCGGGAAGGGUGUCUGUCUGUCUGUCUAUCUGCCCUGGCCUGCGUGUUUGGGAGGUUCACUGGGUCCCGCUGCACCCCUCCCCCUCCACCCCUUCCCUACUUUCUGUGCCCCUGAACCCCCGCUGUGCCCCCUAACUUUCCCACCCUGCCCCCCAGCCCUACGCACCCCAAACUCCUCUGCCCAGGUCCAAGGCCCAGGCCUGUCCCAUAGGGCUGCGGGGGGGGGCUCAGCUGGGCGAUUCCCUCCCCCCCCACGCCCCACCCCAGUGAGAGUUGUGCCCCCUGGUGGGGCUGAGCGGGACCCAGUGAACCUCUUCAACAUACACGCACCUUGGGGUGGGGGCAGUGACGGCCAUCUGUCUGUCCCCCUCCACGUACCCAGAUGCCCCCCAGAGCGCUCCCUCUGCCUGAGGGGAGGGGGCAGUUCCUGGGGGGGCUGGCGGGGGCCACGCCCCAGUAGGCAGCAGGAGGGGGUCUCUGUCGGGGGGUGGGGCUGAUGAAGGUUUUCCUGCGUCUGGGGGCAUGCCUGGGGCCUGGAGGUCAGGAAGGAGCGGGGCUGUCCCGGACACGGUGGUACUGUCUGCCUGUCAAGCCCCCAGUGACCCUGACGGAGGAGGCCGAGGAGGGAGUGAUCUACACAGUGACCACGCGCCAGUCCGGGGGCGCCCAGCCAGGGGCCCCGGGGGGGGCGGGGAGCCAGGCCCGCUCACUGAAGGCCGGGUCGCUGGUCCGGCUGGUUUGGCACCUGCUGGAGGCCCAGACGCUGGGUGACGCCACCUACGUCCCUGCCUUCCUGGUCACCUACCGGGUGUUCACCCGCCCCCCCACGGUGCUGGGGUUGCUGCUUGACAGGCUGGAGGAGGUCGGGGCUCUGGAGCUGAGGCCUGUCUCCCCGGAGACAGCUGAACUGCAGCGGGCCUUCUCCUCGGUGAUGUGCUCCUGGCUGGACGGGUAUCCCGAGGAUUUUGGGGGGGCCUUGGACCCGGGCCUGGUGGAGCGACUGGGCCGGAGCCUGCAAUGUGCCCUGGGGCAGGGCUCCGAGGCCGAGAGACGCCUGCUCGCCCUGCGGGGGGUGCUGGGGGGGCCCAGCAAUGGAGGUGAGGGGUUGACUGCCCAGUCUCUGACCUCCUGCUCCCCCCAGGGCGUGGUUCCUUACCUCGGCACCUUCCUGCGAGACCUGGUGAUGCUGGACACAGCCAUGAAGGAUGAGCUGGAGAACGGAUACAUCAACUUCGAGAAGCGGCGCAAGGAGUUCGAGGUUCUGGCCCAGCUGCGUCUCCUGCAGUCCGUGUGCCGCAACUACAGUGUCCAGCCCAGCCCCCCCUUCCAGCGCUGGCUGCGGGCGCUGCCCCCCCUCUCUGAGGCACAGAGUCACAGUCUCUCCUGUGAGAUCGAACCCCCUGGGGAGGCCCCAACCCCCCAGCGGCCCCUGAAGCCCACCCUGGUCAUCACCCACUGCACAGAGCUGCUGAGCUCCGUGGGGAACCCCCUGGUCUCCUGGGAGGGGCCCCCCAGCUGCAGCCCCGACCUGCUGCCGCCCCCCCGUGGCCCCACACAGCUGCUGUCUCGCCUGGCACAGCACAUGAAGUGGCCGUCAGUCUCCGCGCUGGACGCAGCUCCUGAGGACGUGGCUUCCUUGGCCGGGGGCCUCUCGCCCCCCACCCCCACCGGGGGGGGCUUUCCCCGGGGGCACCGGCGCUCGGCUUCAUGCGGCUCGGCCUUCCCUGCCCCUCCCACCCUGGAGCCCGGGGCCCCCCCCUCCGACUGCUGCAUCAUCCGCGCCCGCAUGGCCCUGCACAACGGCAGCCUCUACAAGAGCAUCCUGGUGAGCACCCAGGACAAGACUCCGUCUGUCAUCGCCAAGGUGCUGGAGAAGCACGGCCAGGAGCGGGGGGCUGCCCCCCAAUUCCAGCUGGUCCAGCUGCUGCCUGAUGGGAAAGAGCUGACCUUCCCGCCUACAGCCAACGUCUUCUACGCCAUGAAUGGUUCCAGCUUGGACUUUGUGCUGCGGCCCAAGGGCCCCGGGGAGCCUCCCCUGCCCCCCAGCGCCGCCCCCCGCAGGGCUGAGCUCAGCGCCACCUUCCCCAAAAUCAAGGCCACCGGCCGCAAGCUCGCCAGGGCCCUCUUCUGAGGGCGAACCCCAAAACCGCCCUGGGGCUUCCUGGGCCUGGAGGAAAGGCAGUGACCUGCGCCCAGGCUAUGGGGAAGGGAAUUGGAGCCACACCGUGCCUAGGGCUGUCUGCUUGGCCUGCCCUCAUCUCUCCUGGCAUCAGGGUCUGGUCUGCCCCAGCACUGUCCAGGGGGCAGCCUGCCCAGCCAGCAGCCUCAGGGCCAUGACCUAAGUGCCUUGAAAGGGUGAUGUCCUGACAGCCCCUCCCCCCGAAGCCAGGACCUACUUCCUGUCCACCCAGGAGCUACAGCUGGGGGUGGGUUGCCCCCGGGGGGGGCAGGGCAGUGACCCCCACUCUCCUACAGCAUAGUCUCACCCCUGUGGGGCAGGGCAGUGACCCCCACUCUCCUACAGCAUGGUCUCACCCCUGCCAGAAGGACUCUGGGGGAGGCCGGGGGGUAACUCCCCACUAGACACGGGUGGGACGUGGGGUGCCCCCACUGGUGCUGAGAUGGCAGCUUCUCAGGGAUUUGUCCCACCUGGAGGUGGGGGGGAAGCACUGUGUGUCCCACCCCCAAUCACCGUAUGGGGGCUUGUGGCCCCAGCCCUCGUUGCUGUAACACUAACGCAAUAAAGACACUAGAAGCA